GAAAGUGCGUGACGAAUCUAGCGAGCCAUGAAAAGCUCUCCGUGAAAACAAAUAGAUAUGAUAUAUACGUAAAUAUAUACACACACAUAUAUAUAAUUCAUGGAAAUUUUCUGAUAUAGAAGAAAGCAGGAGAGAGAGAGAGAGAGAGAGAGAGAGAGAGAGAGAGAGAGAAAAUGAUACAAUGGCUGGGAAAGUUGCGAGCUGCUUUUGGCGCGUCGUUUCUUUGGCUUGUCUGCUUGAUUUAUUUCACCCAGGGUUUUAGAUCCUUUGUGUGGACAGCAGUUUCUUACCAACUAAAAGAUAGGCUCAAGUUAUCACCUUCAGCUUCACAAUUUGUUUUUUCAGUAGCAUUUUUCCCAUGGAGCAUUAAACCGCUAUAUGGAAUUAUUUCAGAUUGUAUACCUAUCAAAGGAAGAAAAAGGAUUCCGUACUUAUUGAUCUCAACCGUGCUCUCUCUUGUCUCAUGGCUUAUACUGGGCCUUAACACAGCCACGAGAAGUUCUGGAUGGUACCUCACGUCUCUCCUAACAGUGCAAAACUUUGGUUCAGCCAUGGCUGAUGUAGUUGUCGAUGCAAUGAUUGCUGAGGCAGUAAGAUUUGAAUGGGCCUCAUUUGCUGGAGAUCUCCAGUCAAUGUCUUGGUUGGCAAUGGCUUUGGGCGGCAUAUGCGGGAACUUGUCAGGAGGAUAUGCAUUAACUAACUUAAAUACAGAGACAAUAUUUCUUCUUUUUGCUGCUCUACCAUUCAUGCAGUUGGUAUCUUGUGGCUUGGUUGAGGAGAAUUCUGUUGGCAAUAAUGUUCUUCCCGAGUCUUUUAACUCAAAAAGCUCCAAUGGAGUAAAUGGGAACAAUGGUAAUCUGGAUGGAGAUGGUUUCAGGGACAAGAAAUCAAAUAUCAGUACUUUGAGAAGAAAGAAGAGUCAAAAGGACCAUAAGAAGAAUGUGGUUAUCUCUAAUAAACUCCAGAGUGUUGAAAAUGCCGACUCCUUGGCAUCAUCGUUGUUCCAAUCCCUGAAAACUGCCACUUAUAGCUUGUUCUGCGCUUUUAGAAAACCAAUCAUUUACAGACCAAUGGCUUGGUUUUUCCUUGCGCAUGUGGUAGUUCCAAAUCUCUCGACAGUCAUGUUCUAUUACCAGACUGAAGUCUUAAACUUGGAACCAUCUUUCUUGGGGACUACGCGAGUUAUCGGAUGGUUAGGGCUUAUGGUUGGAACCUUCACCUACAAUCAGUAUCUAAAGACAAUGAAGUUACGAAGAAUCCUCAUGUGGGCUCAUAUUGGUUUGACUUUAUUGACACUCCUGGAUGUUGUUUUAGUGUCUCAAUUGAAUGUUUCCUUCGGAAUAUCUGAUCGGAUAAUGGUGCUUUGUGGAUCAGCUCUUAGCGAUGCAAUCAAUCAAUUUAAGUUUAUGCCAUUCCUGAUCUUGUCCGGACAGCUAUGCCCACCAGGAAUUGAAGGCACUUUGUUUGCCCUUUUUAUGUCAAUAAACAACUUGGGGUCCACAUUCGGGUCAUUCACGGGUGCCAGUUUGGCUUCAAUCUUGAGCAUAUCCUCGGGUUCUUUUGACAACCUUCUUUUGGGCAUUUCCAUUCAAGUUUUCUGCACUCUCAUCCCUAUUGCCUUCCUAUUUUUGAUACCAAAGAAUGCUACAGGGAUAUCAGCAUAGAUAGUGAUUUACACCAAUACAAAACAGAAUUACCUAGUCAGUGAAGACUACAGAAAAUUACCUCUUUGAAGGAGCUUCUUCUAUGCGGCAGUUGACAUUUACAGAUGCACAGCAAAAGUUGAAGCGAUAAAUACUUUGGACGAUGACAAUUUUUCCUUUAUGUGGCUGGCCUUGAAAAGCCAAACUAUGAGAUUUUGGUUUUUCAUGUAAUUAGCAAUAGAGAAAUGGAAAUUAUUGUUCUUUUGCGAAUUGUUAUUGAUUGAAAACAUUGAUAGGGAACUGGGAGGGAAGAUUUCCAAUUUAUAUUUCUCUACGACCAAAGCACUAGUCUUUCUCCUCUACUUAUUCUCAA